UUUCAGGAGUUCAUGUUGCGUAACAAUUCUGCCAGUAGUCAUGAAAAGUGCGAGUGUAGCGGUACGCAAAGUGAUAAUCACGACGUGUAUCGGUAUACUCGUGAAGAAAUGCUGAAUAUGAAGGAUGCACCGUUAAGUAGAAUACGGCCUCAAUAUUUGUCCACCGAAUUUAAUAACGACGAAGGGAACUUUGAGCCCGAAAAGUGGUUGGAAUAUCGUUGGGUGUGUGAGGGAGUGGAAAAUCGUCCGAAUGCAAACGUAAAAAGAAAGGAGAAAUUGAAAGUUGAAGCAUUAGAAGGAGAUACAACCGUUCUUUCUCCGCAGAGAAGAGGUUUUUCGUCGGGAUGUCGUGCUACAUCGCCGACGAAGAACGAAGCAGAGACGGAAAGACUCGGUGCAACUAAGGCAAGUUGGCGAAGUGGUGCUGGUUUCCAGUUGAAGAAUUCCGGGACGGAGUACAAGACAUCGUUUCACAGAAACAUUGGAAGCAGUGAAUCCUCAUUUAUAAGGACCCGUCAACAAAAUGGUACUUUGCCGAGCAGUGCUGGCAACUGGCGUUCAAGCGAGACAUCAUUUAAACCAAAUUAUCAGAAAGACAGUGGUCAAAAUCAGAGAGGCAAGUCUGUAGAAAUGACUGCGGAUGAAAAAGUACCGGAGUGGCUUAAUGAUGGUCCAACAUCGAUGCACGAUAUGAUUGAACUACGUGGUUUUGAUGACGACAGUAAGAUUAGACGUGAUUUUCCUCAAAAACCGAAGAGACAUCCAGUAAGGAUGGCACAACAAAGUGGAAUUACCGGUACAAGUGAGCUGAACGAAAUUUUGACAGAUGAGAAAACCGAUUCAGCAGACUGGAGACCGUCUUCUCAGAUUGACAAUAAAAGUUUAGGUUUAUCCUCGGUUGGUAAAUCGACUUCAUCACAUAAUCAGACCAGUGACGGUGAUAUGUCAACAAGUCCUAGUCUAUCUUUUGCAAUGAUUGAGAACAAUAAUUCAUCGGUACCUUUAAACGGCAAAUUGCCAAAUUCCGAUGCUGAAUUUGCUGCAAUUAUGGGUAUUCUUGGUGAUGCCGAUUUGGAUUCACUGAAAGAGAAUGAACUUAAAUCGCCAGCGUCGAAAGAACCAACCGGUAGCAGAUUGUCGCGUUUCUUUGCUACGACUAAAUCUGAAAAUCCCGAUAAUUCAUGCGCUAGUAGGAAUGAACCUUUGCAGCAGAUGUACGCCAUUCCCUCGUCGUCUUCAAAUGCCGACCCUUCGCAGGCUCUAGCAUCGAUUUCUGUUCUUAAUAAAAUAUUUUCAAACACUUGUCAGCGACCUUUUCAUUCGCAAUUCCUUCCUGAACCGCAUGUUGCACCAUCAGUGCAAGGAGUUUUGCGAGUUGAAGAUUUGGAACGUAAUUUCCAGAAGGAAUCGAUCCCUGGAAAUCCAUCCACUCUAUCUGCUGGUGCUGAUGGCUUUGGAAACGUAGCAGCUAACGAACAGUUGCCAUCCAAUUCAAGACAGUCGUAUAUAAACCAAACGAUAAAAGGAAAUCCGCUUGGUGAUCCGCACCAACAAGCGCAUCUCAUGAACAAGCUAAAUAAAUUCGCGCGCCUGCAAAAUGGAACGACGGAUGACGUUUCACGCAUGAUUGAAGACAAUUUGGCCCUUCCACCGAAAAUUUCUUUGGCUCCCACACACCAUCUGUCAGGGAUCCCAUUGAAUUCGCAAGCAUCGUCUCAUCCUGUAGUACCGCCUUUUUCUGAUGUCACAUUUCAUGCAGCUUUUCUUCGUUCGCAAUAUGAGAAGGCAGCCGCUUUGCAUGCACUUGCUGCUAAUCAGCGGUCGGCGCUUGCUUCAAAUACACAAACAGUCGACAGUACCGUCUUGAGGCAGGCAUUGACAAAUAUGAUAGGGAAUGGAGCAAUGCCACAGUCGACGCAAACACGACCAGUAGCUGCUGUUGCUCCAAUUCCAGCACGGACUACUACAACAGGGGUACUUCCGAAUUCCUUUAUGCCAACUUCGGUGAUGCGACAAAUGACCAAAAACAAUAAUAUGUCGGCGACCAUGGAAGAAAAACUUCGUCAUUCUAACAUGUCCAUAUGUUCUACGCAACAUAAUGCUGUCAAACAAAAUUUUGUCCCGGAGCAUUUUAACGUACCUCAUAAAUUUGCUGGAGACGCUGUGGUUGGUGGUAUGGCCUCAAAAAAUGCAGCUAAUUUGAUGACAAGACUUGCUCUACAACAGCAGUAUGCUCAGGUGCUUGCAGCAAUGCAAAAUGGUUUAUCAUUGAAUAGUUGGCAAUCGAACGCGCAAAUGACAGCUUCAGUGCGGGCACAAGCACUAGCAGCCGAACAUCAACGACAAUACACACUUUCUAUGAUGCGUGGUGAUUUGAAUCAAGCACAGGUCAUUCGAGCACGACUCCUAUCACAACAAGCAGCAGCUUUAGCAACUUUGCCCAAUGUUCCAGUAGCGCCUCAUCCUCACCAUGUAGGAGCACCUCUGGUACCUAUGCAACCGGUAGUGACGACAGCACCAGUUCCGGUGCCGCAAAACGCUCAGUCGCUUCCAUCGCUAACGCAAUAUAAAUAUCAGAAUCCGCUAGAGAAGCUGCUCCAAUCAGCAGGUGUACCAGCGAACAGAGGUUUACAGCCACCAAAUAAGGAGCCUUGUCAAGGUUCAACUUUACAAACGACAACAGCAAGUGAUCUUCCUUCUAUAGUUUCGCGUCUUCCUCCAACUGCUAAUUGUAUUAGUGUCGAAGAGCUCGAGAAACAGUUUGCAGCAAAUUGAGCUCGG